ACUAGAAAAUCUUGCUAUCCAGGGUAGCUAUGCGGAAUGGUAAUUCUCUUUCUUACCACCUGAACACAUUUUUUCCUGUUGUAGAUAAUUCAGAAUACGCAUGUCUAUUAAAAAAACAAGUGAUAGCAGCAGGUCGAUCGUUAAUCAAGAAAAAGCAGGUAAAUGAGCCUGCCAAAUUUAACCGUUGCAUUCGGUUGAUUGUGGUUCGAUUUUUUUGAUCGUGAUAAAGCUGAUAGUGAUUACUGUAUUUCAAGUGUUACAAAAGACAAUAAACAGUUUAAUGAAAUAUUUUAUUUUAUAGUUCUAACGUUCAUUGAGAAAAUCAACACAUUUUGCAAUAUCAUUAAAUCAAUUUGAAUAAAACAAGUUUGAAACAACGUGAAAUUGAAUUAUUGAAUGUAAUUGUCGUUUCUUAUGUCAACAUGAAAUAUAUUUACCGGGACUGAAUUAUUGAAAAAAACAAAUGAAAAUUAACAUCGAUCAAGCCGUUUUAAAAAUUGACAUAAAUUUUGUUCAUUGAAGAUAGUAAAUGAUGAAAAAAUCUAAAUUGGUUUUUUGCAUUGAAAACGUGUUUCUAUUAAAACUAUCCUUUUUAAAGUGUAGUCCAUAAAAUAAAAUAUUUUUAUUUAUGUAUUAAACGAUAUUAAAUAGACGAAAAUUAAAAUAUCAAUUAAGCAGUGCGGUGGCAAUAAAAAUAAAGAUAUUAUUCUAUGGUGAAUUGUUAAUUAUAGUAAAAUUUGUUACCAAAAACAAUAAGGUGAUAACAUUGAGUAAUAAAAAUUAAAAAAACUAUAGUCUCAAUGAAAUUUCGUAAAAGUAUAAAUAAUGAAAAUUUAAAGAUGGAACUUGUUUCCAGGCAUCGUACCGCAUAUUCUAGUCGAAUAUCUAACAAAAAAAAUUUUAAACCGGUACGAUCUUCUGUUAAGUUAAUAUCAAAAUUAUAUAACCAAAUCGAAGUUAACAACUCAUUAAAAUUUCGUACCGAAAAAAGUACGACAUCGGAAUUAACUGAAAAUUCAAAAACAGUUAACAGCUUGGAAAAACCAGUAAAUGUUGAAAAAAUUUCUAAUGAUUUAAAAACAAAAUUAUCGCUUGCAAGUUCAAGCAACUUUGUUAGACCUGAAUCUGAAAGUCAUCAAGGAUAUGAAAAUCCUAGCUUUGUUCUAGACUCUUCUCAUGAAACGUCUAUAACAAGUUAUCUUUUUGAAUCAGUUACUGAUAGUAAAGAAAACUAUGACGAUUACGAAAAAGUAGAAUAUCAAAACGAGUUACAUAAACGCCUUGAAAAUGAGUUCCCUACGAUUGUCGAUGAGCAUUCUAAUAAACUCGGAAAUUUGUCUCAAAAUUAUACACAACAAAAGGGAAAGAACAGUGAAAAUGAUAACUACAAACGUGUAUGUAGUAAUAAAAUAAAUAGCUUUAGUUGGAAAACUCAAGUUGAUCAAAAAUUUAAUUCACAACUUUUUGUCGAUGAUAACUCCACUUUAAACAUUUUGUUUACAGCAAUUGAACACGAUAACUUAGAGAAAGUAAAGUCGAUACUUGAAUCUGCUGACGUAGACAUUAAUAGUGUGAACAGCGAUGGUCUGUCACCUCUCGACUUAGCUGUGCUUGGGAAUAACAAAUUAUUAAUUAAAAUGUUAAUCACAUAUGGUGCUCGAGAAGGAAACCAAUUCUCAUCUCCAGAAAAUUUGAGUGUUCACUUGAAGUCUUUAAUGCGGACGGCUGAACAUAAGUUAUCUGAAGCGAGUGGAUCUGAAUCUUUGGUAGCUAGUAAGACUGCAUUAUUAGAGGCCUCAGAUAUUAAAGCUAAUUUUCCUGCAACGCACAAUAAUCAUGCGUCAUGGAAUGACGAAACGAAUAGCAAAGAAGUAGCUCUUUGGGAGCGUAGGGUACGAACCUUGAAGAAAAUGCUAGCUGGUUUCGAUCAAACACGUCCCCCAGAUAUUCCACGUUUAGUUAAUCUUGAGGUUUCUGGAGUCAAUUCAGUGAAUAUAAGGUUUGAGGAAUCUUCAAAAGAACCUUCUUUUGUAUGUACAAAGUUCAAAGUACAAUGGAGUACAAAAGAAAAUUUUUCAGUGAUCACGGGUGAAGUAGAAGUAUUUGACAUUAAAGAACGAGAAUGUCGAAUCAAUGAACUUGCUCAAGGGCAAAAGUAUUUUUUUAGAAUAUGUUUGGGCAAUUUAAAGGGAUAUAGUAAAUUCGUGCCUUCAUUUCCCGCUUAUGCGAUAACAAGUAGUUGGCGUGACGUCGACGAACGAUUACCGAGAUAUGCGGAUCAAUUAGGACAAUUAAAUUCACUACUGGUAGAUAUGCAUCGUCCAGAAUAUACAAAAGAUACAUCUGCUCUUCAACGACGGAAUCACAAGAAAAAAACAAUAAAACAGCUAUUCACUGCUACAAGUAAAUUUCAGAAAAACCUAAAACGAGGUGUUUACUUCACUUGUAUUUUAUACCAUGAAGAUAAAGUAUUAGUAACCAAUGAAGACUUUUUACCGGUUAUUCAAAUUGAUGAAGUUUAUCCCAACUGUAUUUACAAUGAUUUUCAUUGGUUCAUGAAGGUUUCAUAUAUUUGGCAUAAUUUAAAAACUUUUAAGCAAGACAUGGAAAAGAAUUAUGAAAGCUCAAUUAAUCAUUUUAGACUCAAAUAUCUUCAAGCAGCGGUUCAAAUGCAGGCGGCAUUAUGUAUUCAAGAUUUAGGUGAGAUUUAUUACAAACCGAUUAAAGAUAAUCAAGGAACGUUAGUCAUUUCAGCAAUAAAUCAUAUUACAUCUCCAAAAUCAGUGUCUCUUCUUAAUAGCAGAUGGCUACCAUUUAAUAAAAUUAUGAAAAAAAUAAUAAUUCACGAUGAAAGCAAUGUUUCAGAUAUUUUAAUAUCGAGUAUUCAAAAUCAAAUUGCCUAUCAUCAAUUAAGCAGUAUUAAACUAAGUAAAGGACUUUAUUUGGGGUAUCUAAAAAUGCAAAGUAGUGUUGAUCUCAUCCAAAUAGUCGUACCCGCUAAAACACCAAAUGUUCUACCUCACUGUAAAAUCCGUGAUAAUCCUCAUGUAUCUGCUGAAGAAUGGAAUCAUUUAAAAAAAAUCAUACAUACUACAGUAUCAGACAGUACAGAAAAAGUUUGUGUUAGAGAGAGUAAAAAAAAAUCAGAUGAAAAUGUAAUAGUUAAUCACGGAAAGUUAUUUGUAGAAACAGUGGCAGCUGCAGUUAAUCAACUUUUUUCCUACAUGGGCAUUAGCUCUGAAGAUUCUCAAACGCACAGAUUAUAUGAUGUUGAAAUUAUCGAACUUACUGACGAAGUGUCAUUUCUUAUUAUCGUUCCACCUGUAGAAAACGUGUGUUUAGUACCAGGUACUCGAGAAAUCCUGUUUCAGCGAGGAGAUUUAUUAACUCUUCCUAUACAAAUUUUUGAAAUGGUGCAAUUAAAUGCUUAUCAAAAAGAUAUCAUGAAUCGUUAUUCGAAGCUUAGCUGCAUUCUUGAAUUAGAAAUAGUACAAGCUCAACAUAAACAUAGAGAAGCUUUUAGUUCGAUUGAAGUUAGUGCAACGAAAGAUAAAUUAAUGAAGUUACAGGAAUUACAAUCCCAAAUGAAUAACAUUUGGAAAGGCGCUCGAUGGUUAAUUGAUGUGAUAACAUUUGCUCGAGAUAAAGGAUUUUCGCAAUCUGCUUCCCGUAGUAAUAAUAUCAUCAGUUUGAAAUAUUUAUUAAAUAUUGAUCAAUGUAACGAAUCUAAUGGUCAAUAUGUGAAACGAAUUUUAUCACAAACUCCUGUAAAAGAUAAGAAAUUAGUAAAAUCGAAUCUUAGCAGAGGAAGUUGGCCUGGACUAAAUACAUCGGAUUCGAAUAAUCUUUUCGCAACUGAAUUUAGUAAGAGUGAACAGCAUCUAUCGAAACAAGAUAUGCUAAAUGAUAAUUGCGGAACUUAUAUAAGUGAUAAUCCUCAUGAUAUUAAUGACUGUCCGAAUAAAAAUAUAGAUUCUUCAAAAUUAUUUGCUACAGCAAAAUCAGUAAAAUCCAGUAGUUCAACUUUUUUGAAUGGACCAGUAAUAACGAUACCAACUUCAAAGUCUGACGACAUACUUCUACUUAGUCAAUAUAAACAAAGUCGUAGUGGGCUCAAAAAUGACUUAACGGCCAUAAAAUCCACUUCAGCGAGUACUAGUCCUCAACUAGGUGAAAAAUCAACUACAUAUGAACGAUCACUUAUAGAUAUUUCUACCACCACCUUAACAAAUACUAACAGUUCAUUAAGCGUUAAAAGUACCACCUCUGACAGUAUUAAUUUAAUCAACAAUGAAAAUUAUAACACAAUGCCACGCUGUAGUCGAAGUCAUAUGUCUAGCAUUCAUACUAAAAAUGACAUAUCCAAAUCUACAGCAAGUGUAGCAGCUAUGGCAAGCAUCUCGAUGGACACGCAUUUAGAUGAACUCAAAGAUCAAUCUACGGUUUUACCAGUCCCUCCACAUGGUAUUCUUCAGGUGUAUGUUGCUUAUGAAACUGGACUAGCUUCUGGAACGAGUUUGAAAUUGCAUGUUACACCUAGAACAACGGCAAGAGAAGUUGUUGAUUUGGUCGUUAAACAACUGAACAUGGCAGUAGUACUGAAAGGUCAAGAAGGACCAAUUUAUACUGCUGAUGAAUUACCGAAUUUUUGUUUAGUAGCAGUCAUUGGCGCAAGAGAAAGAUGUUUAAGAGAUGACUUUAAGCCACUUCAACUUCAAAAUCCAUGGAAAAAAGGUCGUCUUUAUGUUAGACAAAAACAAGAUGUGUUAGCUGCUCUUGAGCACAGCAGUAAACAUAUGGCAUAUUUAUAAUAUUAUUAAAAUUAUUGUAUGAUAUUUUGCAAUACAUAAUAUUAUUAUUAAUCUAUCACCAAAGCUUAUUUGUUGAUUUCAUUACCAUACACAUUAAUAAGCAUAUACUCUCUUGAAAACAAAAUAACUUUCAGUCAGACUAGAAAUGUAUAAACUUAUAAAAUGAAAUUCCAACAAACAACGAAUUCAAGUUGAGUAUAAUUUCAAAUAAAGUUUUGUUUGAAAUAAAAAACAAAAAAUUAUCAAUCGAAAAUCAAGGUGUUCUGGGUUAUGAAACUUAUUUUUAUAUAAAAAAAGUAUACGCACGAUUUUCAUUGAAAUCUAGAUCUCGUAAAUAUUAAUAAUGUAAAUUUUUAUCAUGAAUUACACUUAUUUGCGAAUGGCGAAGAAAAACCAAAAAAAAAAAGUUUAUUUUAUUUAUGACAAAAGACUAAAGAAUAUUUAUUUAUGCUACAAAUCGAAGAACGGAUUAAUUAUAGUAUGCGAUAUUUUCAAAGUUAACCGAUAGGUUCUUUUGUAAUUCAAUAUGGUUCAAGGUGGAUUCUGUAAAUCCAUCAUACUAUAUUAAUCACUAUUUUAACUUCAACAUGCAGUUUUUAUGCAAGACAAUGGUUUGAAAGUUUUAUUUUCCAAGAAAUGAAUAAUUGCAAAUGACGUUUGCACUGAUCUAAUUUUUUUCGAUAUUGUAUCGUAGCACCACCUAGUAGUAGAUAUCUUACUAGAAUAGCAAGAAAUUUCUGGAUAAAAACUGCCGUGGAAAAAGCUACCGAUGAAAAAAAUAUAUACAAACAUCCCUAUCAAAAAAACCUAUAGAGGAACCCAGUCUAGAUUCCGUAUGUGAAUUCUGACAUGGCAUUUUCGAGUAGAUUCUCAUAUGGUUCCUCACAAAAAUUUAGCAUAGAUCUCGAUAUAGAUUCUCACAUGAGUCCCUAUGAGAAUCUGCACCAUAUCAAAAUCUAUAUGAGAAUCUUGUGUGGAUUAGGAAUUAGAAAAAUUAACAAAAAGCAUGACGUUAUUGAAACAAAUGCCAUAAAAAACGUAUGGAGUUUAAUAAACUUCUUUGGAAUACGAUACCUUCGUAUUAUUCCUGAUUUAAUGUUUUAUUAGAAUUAUUUGUGAUUUCUAUGAAAGUGAUAUAUUUCUUGAGUUAACUAAUAAAUUAAUAACUUAUUAUAAAUUCUGAUAUAAAAAGUAUUUAUUAAUCAAUUUUUCAUUUAAAAGUAUCCUGCCAAUAGAAUAUUGAUCUUCUUUUUUCUAUUCAUGUACGCGUAUCAAUAGAUAAUAGAAAUCCAGAUAUCCCGUAUUCUAUAGAAAUUACUUAUAUAGAAACCCAAAUUCCUACGUGGAGUUUCCAUAAAGAAAUCCAUUUAUCCAAGUUCCAAUACGGGAUUCCAAGUACCUCUUAUUAAAAGAAGUGAUUUAAAACGAUUUGUAAUGUUAAAUGCCCAUAAAAAGGGCGAUUUGAAAGUAUUCAAAAGUAUUAGAAAGUAUUAAAAAUUUUUUUUUUCUAAUCACUUUAAAUCGCUUCUUUUAAUGAGGUACCUAUAGUUUCUUAUAUAUGGGUUUCCUGCAUAGAAAUCCAGGUAACUAGUUACCUAUGUGAAGUCCCCAUAUGAAAAUACAAAUACCCGUGGUUAGUUUCAUAGAUUCUUAUAUAAAUUCAUGCUUUCUCAUAUGAAUUAUUCUUAUGGGUUCCCAUGCAAUUCCACAAGGGUAUUUUUGAUGGGGACAUUUAUUGAUAUAUUUAUGCAUUGAAGUAUAUAUAUUCCAUAAAAACUGGACAAAAUAUUAUCACAAGUCUGUGUACUUUUAAAUACAUAUUUUGUUAAUUUUUCUGAUAUGCUUGUUUACGUGCAGUUUUCACCUGGAUUCAUGUAUAAUAUAUAAUGUCGCUACAAUACUAACAUCUAAUUCCAUUGUAAUGGUAUAAAUAUAUAGAAUAUAAUGUAAAAUUCAAUUAUUAUAUCCUGUAAAAUAAUAUUAAUGUAAACU